UACCGGUAAUUAUCGAACCUACUGUUUUUUACCUAUCUAAUGUAGUUCACUAAUCAAAAUUUGUUUCAUAGAGAGCGCUUUCCAUGAAAAUAAAAUUUUUUCAAAAUGCCAACAUUUCAACCCCACAAAAUUAAAAAAGUUCUCAAAAUAAUUUUUUUUUCGUUUUCGUAAAACUGAGCUCAAAUUUUUCGAAAUAAAAUUGCUGUUGUUUUAGCGUUCUUUUUGCAAUUAAUUAAUAGUAAUAAAUCAGUUUAAACGGUGAUAAUGUUACUUUAAUACUGCUGUAAAAGCGUUGACUCAGUAUCGUUCGAUAUCAAUCGUGUACUGUAGUUAUCAACGACAUUGCUUCGAGCAUCGAAGAUCGAAGCUUCUAUCGUUUGGCAAGUAAAUCGAAAUGAAUUUAAAAAAUCCUGAUCUAUUUCGUUCGUGGUUAAUCGGGCAACUUGAGCCGAUAUGUAAAGCGAAUCCCGAACCAGUAUCCAAAUACGUUUGCGCGUUAUUGAAAAAGGAAAAAAGCGAUGAUGAGUUGAAAGAAAGUUUGAUAUCUCAGUUGGACAUAUUUCUCGAAUCGAGUACCGAAGAAUUCGUUAAUUUCCUAAUGGACGUGUUGGAAAACGAAAAAUAUCUAAACGACGACACUAAAUUCCAACUAUCCGAACCAGUAAAUAUGGAUAAAGAUGAUGACGUCAAAUUAGAUGCAAGUGUUGAAAUCGAACUAGAAAUCGAAAAUGAAAAGAAAGAACAGCGGAAAUCACCGUCACCCAUUCAAGCCCCAACACCAUCUCCGCCGCAUCGUUCGCAAUUUCAAAAAUCCUUCUCACCUCGACAAUCGCGACGCAGCAGAUUUCGUAACGAAAGACGCCGCUUGGGAGGUCGUAAAAGCAGACGAGAUUCGUCUCAUUCCGAUUCCCCUGGACCAGAACGCCGAACUACCGGAAGACGACGAUCAGCUUCGGGCUCUUCGGAAUCGUCUAAUAAAUCCCCUCGCAGAUCGUGGAUUGCAUCCAAACCUUCCGAUGUGAAAAAAUACAAACAUCGUAAUUUCGCCGCUCGUUCACCUCCUGCUGGUCAGAGAUCGAGAUCAAAUUCGCCUAAUUUACGGAAACGCAGGCCAACCAAUGGUGAUUUUCGUAAAAGACCGCGUCAAGCUUCGCGUUCCAAUUCGGAUGAAGAACGAUCGUAUAAUGUUUCGCAGCCCAAACGUGUGACCAAUAAUAAUUAUCAAAACGAAAUCGGUAGAAAUAUGCACGUAGCUGGAAUACCUGCCGGUGAACCGACAUUUAAUCAGAAACAGCGGUGUAUUGAUUUCGAAAGUAAGGGUUAUUGUGCCCGAGGUGAUAUGUGCCAAUAUGAUCAUGGUCCGGCUCCUAUCGUCUUGGAUAACAAUUUAUUUAAUGGAAUCGUAUCGUUACCACCUCCUCCUGUACAUAAUAACGUGUUCCAAAAUUUAUAUCCCCCGCAAUAUGUGAACACCAGUUUCCCGCCGAAACCAUUCAGGUCCGAGAAUGUCCCUCAGGUUACCACCAGAGAACUCAUAUCAGUUCCGACGAUACCGUUACCGGAGAAAUUCGAUAAUAAACAGAAAACCCUGCAAGAUGGAAAACCAUCGUAUGGUCACAUAUUCAGUUCAUUGCCUCCGGGAGUCAGCCAGACUACCAUCGAGUUGAGUAACGUUCCAGCUGAACUUAAUAAUAUCCCUAGUUUAUAUGAAAAAUUUUCGUCCUUCGGUAACAUUACAUUAAUUCAAGCUAAACGUAACGGUGACGCUAAUAUCGCCUUGUUGACCUAUACGAACGCCACCGAAGCAGCUUUAGCUUUUAUCAAUGUCGAUAGUACUAUUCCAAAAGCGAAAGCUGCCUGGUACGCUGAUAAAUGUCUUUUGAAACCGUUCCCUCGUAAAUCUAUACCUGCGAGUGGUCAAGCUAACGUCAAAUCAUACCUAUUAAAACGCAAUCCGGCCGCACCAGCUGCUGUCAAUUCUACCGCUAAUGAUGAAACAUCUCCUAUUAAACCAACAACGCCAGUUAAACCGACGCCACUGAAAUCGCCAGUCAGUAAGCCAGAUAAAGUACCCAAAGUUAGAAAGCAGGAUCCGGGUCGGUUAAUUUCCGAUUUAAUUAAUAAGAAAAAAGAACUUCUAGAGAAACAGUUAUCAUCUCGAAGAGAAAUCGAAGACAAAAUGAAAUCACUCGAGAAAACAAGCAAAGAUUACAAAAUAUGGUCUGAAGUAUUGAAAAAGCUUAACGACGUUAUAGCCGAAGGUCAUAAAAGCCUUCAGUCUUCGUUAAUACAACGUAAAGAAUAUUUACAAAAGAUGAACAUCGUUCCGAUGGAUUCGGCCACCAUAAACAGUAUGAAAGAACGACAAAAUAAACCACCUCAACCAACCACCUUUGGGACGAACCACGCUCCCCCUAAACCCGAAAAUGAUUCCGAUAACGUUCCGAACAGCUCGAACGAAUCCGAUCAGGUGGAAGAACCAGUUUUCGAAAUCAACGUCGAUUCGUCCAUUCUGAGCCAAGAAUUGGAAAAUGACGAGGAAGCCGCAAAACCUAGUCAAGGUGAUGUUAAAUCUGAUAAAGAGACCGAGUCGAAAACACCUCCAGCCAAUAUCGACUACACUCGAGUAAUCGUAACAGGUUUCGAAAACGGUGACGACGAAGACUUGAUCAAACACUUCGCCCAGUUCGGCACCAUUCUCGAUAAAGAAAUUGAUAAAACAAUACCACAAGCGACGAUAAUCUACGAUAACCGUAAAUCUGCCGAAGAGGCUAAGAAACAAGGCCGAAAUUUCCAAGAUAGGUUACUUUCAGUGACCGUCUACGGUGGUAAGAAAUAUCAGCCUUUGGUCAGACGUGUGGCCACGUUUAACCCGCAAUACGAAAAAGAAUUUCCUUCUUAUGCUCCUUAUGGUGGCGGUGCUGCGAGUGCAGUCAGUGGUAAUCCGUAUAAAUACACUAAAAAUCAGCAAGCUCAUGCUCAAGUAUCAUCACCUGCCCCUCGUCCUGCCAGUCGUAACUUUUAUUCGUACCGAGUUGAUCAGAAAAGUCGCGGAGGAGCCAAUCAGGUAAGCAAGCCAGUCGAAAACAACAUUAUGAAGUUGACCGAAGAAGAAGAUUUAGUAACGUUUCUGCAAAAAGGGGGUAUCGAUGCUAAAGAAGUCGAAAAAUACAUGGAUUAAUAAGAUUUUCGUCUUUGUAACUUUUCUAAGGACUGUUUUAUCGUUUCCCUGUUCUUUUUUUUUACCUGUAAUUGCUGUUGAUAUUUAAUAGCUGUGAUCACGAUGUACAAAUAUCUGUUAGAUUUUACGAUUUGUUGAAGAAUUGAAUAAAUAAUUUUAUUUGUGUA